AUGCCAAGGUCUCGUCCACGAAAGCGCUACUACUGGGCGCCUGUUAGACCGACUGUAAAGCAGGCUGUCGCUCCUUUACCUGCAAACUCCCAUCCGAGUGCAUCGGCAGCCAAGUCAGACAGUGUGCGUGCUCGGUUGCAACGCAAGGUGGCGGCGAAAUCAGCUCAGCAACCCGAACACGUGGAGACGCAGAUUGUUCUGUCGAGUGAAGUACUAGCUCGUCAGUUCGAAACGUGGAAGAAGGAGAUGACUCCUGUGGAGGUUGUCGAGUUUGUGCGAUCUACUAUUGGAAUUGAGAAUCCCUCGGGAAUGAAUUUGCUCAUGAAGUAUUUCGCCUACAUCACCCCUCAUCUAUUGGACGAAAGAAGACUUUGGCUGGAGCAUCGACAGCAGAAGCCGAUCCACCCAGAUUCGACUGAAACAAUGGAGAAGACGGAUGCCAAAGUUAAACUUCUGCUGGACGAGGCAACCACAUCGCUGUAUGACGCAGUGAAGCAGUGUGUCGGAGUGCCAAAGCUGCUAAAAAUCAUCAUGGUGCACGUCAAGUCCACGGAAAAUGGACUCCGAGAUCUGGCAUUACUGAUGAUGCAGCACGGUAUCGAUAAAAAAGACUUCGGUCCAUCGAACAGCAUGCGGUGGUGA